AAGCAAAUUUUUAUUUCAUUAAAUUUUACAAAUAUUAAAAUUAUCUCUCCCUUCGAUAAACACAUUUAAAUAUGUUAGUAAUGAAGGGAGGAUCAUAUAACAUAAAAUCAUGCAGCCAUUAUUAGUGUAUGCUUUUAAUGUGACACAUUCCCUUGUGACAAAGCCCAUAAGAUUUUGGUGGGCUGGCCCGAAACAACAUUCACCAACCCAAACCAGACGAGAUGUUUUGGGUCUGGGUUGAGUUUGGACCAGCCCAAGCCCAAACAUUUGAUCUAAAUAGGAAGGGUAGUUUUGAUAAUAUGGUGAAAUACAUGGGCGAUAAAAGAAUCGCCUUCGCCUUUCCACUGCAAGUAUUCCCUCUCCUCCCUCCCACUUUGUCUCAAAUCCAAUCAGAUGAAUCGCUUUCACGCCGAAAGCUAAGAAUCUCUCUUUCUCUGUUCGCAUUUCGGGUUUGAAUUUGUUCCAGAUUUCCGAUCGUUGGACCAUUCUUUCAUAAUUUUCCAUCCUAUUUUCUUGUCCUACAACUUUCCCAGAAAAUAUUUGGGGUACCUGAUCAAAGAAUUUGAAACAUUCCGCACGCUUCUCCGGUUUAGGGUUUUUCUCUGUCUGUCCUUUUCUUGAACCAAGCAAACCCCCGAGGCCAUGAAGGCUAAUCCCACACCCAAGAAGAGAAGUAUCAGCCUCCAAUACGACAUCGUUUCGACUCUCUCAGAAGCGAAUCGGCUGGUUUCCAGCCAGAAGAAGCUCCGAAGACUCCCCCACAUAUUCACACGAGUUCUGGAGCUUCCCUUUCGGUCAGACGCCGACGUCUCCGUAACGGAAACCCCCGACCACCUCCGGUUCGCCGUCACCACCGACGACGUGGGCGACGAUGUCCGAACCCAGACAAUCCAACUCCACCCUGGCGUCACGAAGGUGGUGAUCAGAGGCAGGAACUUUCUGGAUUUGUCCCUGGACGGACUGGGGGUGGAGCUCGAUCUCGAUUUGUGGCGGUUCCGGCUCCCGGCGUCGACGUUGCCAGAGAUGGCGAGCGCCGCUUACAGUGAUGGAGAGUUGGUUGUGACGGUUCCGAAGUGUGGUGCUGAUGAUGAUGAAGAAGGGGUUUGGAGCGCAGGGACUAGGCCUUUGGUUCUUGUACAGUGAAUUUUAAGAACUGAUUUUUCGGUCCAAGAAAAUAAAUUGGUAGUGAAUAAACUUUUUCUUUUCUUGGUCAA